GUCAUGUGAUAUUUUUCUCACUCGCUAGUCAAUCGAUUUUGGAAGUCACCAGCAGCUAUGGGGGCCUCCGCGCUACCGAUUAUUAUUUUUUCGGCCAUUUUUGGCGUGAUUGGCAUUGUUUUGCCAAUCAUUGCGCCAAAGGGACCGAACAGAGGAAUUGUUCAAUGUGUCCUGAUAUUGACGGCAGUCACAUGCUGGUUAUUCUGGCUAUGCUGUUAUAUGGCUCAAAUGAAUCCACUUAUUGGCCCUAAACUCCACCAGAACACUAUACUCAUCAUGGCACGGGAAUGGGGCAAUCCGCUUCCAGAUAUGGAUGGCUGGACACCAGAGCACACGGACCAUUAAGUUGGAUCUUGUUUGUCUCUUAUCACCAAUGUAGCGGAGAAUGCAAGUAACACAGAAAACAUUUGUUGAAAAAAAUCUUAAAUAUUCAAUCCAAAAUAGACAUCAAAAUUAGGUAAGAAUCCUCUUACGUCUGUCGGUGACACAUGAGCAUCAUGCGGAUGUAAAUUCCUGUCGCAACUCGAUGAAUUGUUCUCAUCGGGUUUAUAAGAUGCUGAUGUGAGUUUUAUAGUGCUAAAAUAUUUCCUGUCGCGAAAUUUGAAAUAUAUUAUGAUAAUCAAGAAAUUGCAUAUUUUAUAAACACAGUAAUUGAGUGCAUAAAUGCCCUCAAUCAAAUUUAUGCAGCGAACAUUGUAUGAAGUAAUUACGAGGAGUUAUUAUAACACACAUUAUCAUAUAAGCAAAUCACGAAAUUUAAUGGACAUUUCUUACUACACCAUUAUGCAGAAUAUGCAGUAAGCCAAACGAUUUAAAUGAAAAUGAUAGCGAUCAUAUAAGAUGUACUAUUUUCCAGCCAAACAUUCAUUAGCUAUAUUGGAGCAAAUACGCAAGAAAAAUAUGGUAGCAUUAUUAAUCACGCGUACAUGUAUGUUACAUACCAAGUAGUAGAACCAGUAAAAUAUAUGCGGUAGAUGAAACCAUAUUUUAAACAGCAUCA